CUUGAGAUGGACAGCGAUGCCUCAGUCGCUCCGCUACUGAACAUCGCCUGUCGCUUCCUUCCCCACGACCAAUGGUUUACCACUCAUGUCGACCCAGAGUGGAAAGUUCGACAAGCUAAAUCAUGGAUGCUCGCUAAGUGCCUCCCGUACGCAGCACCACCAUCCCCGCCUCUUCGCCAAACGAAUAGAAAGCCCCAACGUCCACCCUCUCCCAUUACGUUUGCGCCAGAUCCUCGACACCGACCUAUAUCUCCCAUCACUUUCGCCCAACCCAAGCAACAGUUAACCGAAGACGAUGUUAGCGAGUUCGAGGAACCACCACCAGCCGAGUCACCGGUGUCAGAGAAAGAAGAGGAAGAUUUAAUUCUCCCGCCAGUGCAGCCCAAAAAGCGCGCUAUCAUGCCUAACGCGUCCACGUCGAGCAAAGGCGAUCUCUAUGCCCAAUACACCCUAAUCCGGUUCUCAACAGGCCAAAUUCUCGAGGAUGAUCUUCCUCUCAGUUUUUACGACUUGCAACCGGACGAACUGUUGGAGCUUCAUCGACUAGGCGUUGUCAUUCCCCUUCCGAGAAGCGACCUGAAACGUUAUCUCGACGCUUAUUGGGAGGGAUGGGUUCGUCUCCUUCGUGUAAGGCCUGUAGAGGAAGACGAAGAACACUAUAACCUCUAUCGUGUCCGGUACCUAGAGUCGCGUCCACUUGAGUGGAAAGAUCGGUGGGUGGUUGUACGGGAGGGUCAUCUUCAUAUUUACAGGGAUCAAAACCACCAUUCUAUCCACAAACUUGCUCUAAACGAUCUUCACGCCCUAUACAACUCGCGUCAUCUACCACCUUCAGCCCCGAAAUCAUCCAACAAUGACCGAGUUCUACUUGCCCGCUUCUCAACCCAACCUACCUCCAACAUAACAACUCGUGCAUCAUCUCCGCUUUCCCCAAUUCCCUCAGACUCCUCUUCUCCACUGUCUUCUCCCGUUUUCGCCCAUGAUAGUGACGAUUCUACCCGUCCUCGCCGUCAACGCCCACCUCAACCUCGCAAGCGACGGAAAAGGGACCCCGAGUUCCUCGCCUUCGACCUGAAAGAUGACAUGAAUUACGUCUCACUUUUACGUGUUCUACAUCGACAGUCAAUGCCUGCUUCGACUUUUGUGCAGUCUUUGCCCGUUGGGACCAACGAACAACCUGAUUCACCGUCUUCCCAAAAUCUCUCCUCGGAAGACCGUUCAGGUGACGAUGCCCCGAUAUUACGACAUCCACCGUCACUUGCGAUUUUGCAUGUUUCUCGCAGUUUCACCUCAUCGCUCGGCGCUUUGCCCUUCCCUGAGUGGCGGAAUGCCCUACUUCGCAAAGCCCAACGAGCAGGACUCGGUCGGAUCGGCAGUGCAAUCGAGUGGUUAAUAGCCAACGAGGACAUAUUGCUCAACGACGGCGACAGUGCGAGCUUUUGGUACCACCAUGACAGCCCAGUCCGAACUCGUAAACGCAAGGGUAAAGGCAAAAGUACAGCUAAAGACAAGGGCAAGGCUCGCGAGGAGAUAGUUCAGAUCCGUCGUCAACCAACCAGCCAGGACGGUUAUGAUUCAGAUGUCUCUGGCGAUGCAGACGCGUCGUAUUCAUUCUCAGACAGUUCGGAUGAUAACAGCUCCAACUCGGGGCAUAAAAGCGAGAUGGAGUGGGUUGGCUGGAUGGGUGAUUUGCGCCGACAGAGACGUGUCGCUAAGCAGCAAGAGGAGAGGACCAGGCAACAGGAAGAGGCAAGACGGGCCCAGGAGGAGGCACAUGAAGCUGAGUUGGGUAUACCUCAAGGACCCUCCGGGGCGGAAAUCACGAUUGCCAGAGUCGGAACUGGUGUUGAUGAUAGGACAAGGCGAGCUGCCAUGGAGCCAAGCGCAGUUGUGACAAGUUUGAGUGGGGUAAACCCACCGAUGCAUAACCCCAAUGCGCAUCUCUCCCAGGGUUAUACGCCCAACGCCAACGGCAACACUGCGCCGGGCUCACGGAUGACGCCUGUCCUUUCAUCGCCGUCUUCAAACGAAUCGUUUGGCGUGUUUGCGUUCUCCCCACUCGCUGCGGCGGAAGUGGAGACGGAGGAUGGUGCUCACCCUUCUCCACCCAACACCCUCCGCCACAAUCGCACUCACUCUCAUACAUUGCUCCAUUCAGUUUCUCUGCACGAUGCUGCCUUACACGACACCAACAAUUCUGUUGGUCCCGAACCCUUCUCGACUUUCUUGCGUCGGCCGAGUAUGCCUAUAAUUGGCAGCUCAGGCAACGUAGCCCAGUGGGGUUCUGGCGGCAGUCGUCCUUCCAGCCUUGAACGUGGAGAAAACGGGUCGGCGACAGGCUCGUCAACCCGCGCUAACACCGUCUCUGCCUCGGGGAGCUCAGCGACAGUCAUCAUCGACACGGGCACUGGGAUAAUCGAGGUUCCGAGACCGCCGUUACUUCGCGCGGCCAGCACAAGCGGGAGCAAGAACCUUUUACGCAAGAAAGACAGCAAUAGUACCAACAACGACAAGGAGCGUCGUCCCAAACUAUCGCUCUCCACCGAAUCCAAGAAUGCUAAUAAUACUACUACCAUCGUUAAUAAUACUGGAGCUACGAGUCCGCCGGGCACUCCCCAAAAUCAAGCCCAUCCGGAACCAACACCCAAGGAAAAGAAAAAACGAAGAGGGCUUGCGAAAGGGGUUUCAAUGAGGGCGGAAAAGCUCGUCAGGAGUUUGGAUUCGGCGCUGGACUUCGUCGAUGGAAGAUGA